AUGGUCGUACGGUUAUUCGUGAAAGCGGGUCUGGCGCGAAUAUUCAGAAGAUGGGAGCGGCUGCCUUUGCUGGGACUUGUUUUUGUACUGGUAUUUGCGUUAGUCUUCCUCCUCUACCAAGGCCAACUCUUAAACGGUGUCCAAACAUCGUCUCAAUGCGAAAUUGGCCAAGUCGGUGAUGUGCUCUACCAGGAUGUUUUACGAAAUUACUCGAGAUACGUUCGUCAAGCCCCAAAACUACUCCCCAAUGCAGAAUUAUACAUUCUCAUCGUUGCAAAUAACCAAGAUCACGCCAAUCGAAAAGUGAUUUUGGACACAUGGGCAUCUCCAAAGCAUUCAAAAUGGGUCAAGACGGGGCGUGCACAAAUAAUCUUCCUCUAUGGCAAAGUGAAAAAGACCAGCUCGGUGAAUAUGAAAGAAAAUAUUCUUGAGAUUGAUGUGGAAGAAAAAUAUGGGAAUCUUCUAUUGAAAGAAAUCGUGGCUUACCGAUGGUUGACCGAACAAACAAAAACUGGCCACGUAUUAAAGAUCGAUGGUAGUGAUACGGUCGUUGACGUCGAUCUGCUAGCUGAUAUUUUAAACACUACGCGGGGAAACAAAGAAAUUGCCGUCCACUGUGCUACCUGGAAAUCGGUACACCCGAUUAGAGAUGAGUGUAAUAGAUGGUACGUCCCUUAUUCGGCUGUAAAAGAAGACUAUUUUCCUGAUUACUGUGGUGGUCCAGCAUAUGCAAUGUCCGUCGGAACUCUAUCAAAAAUUGUUCAACAGGCCUAUAACCAUAAACCGAUCGUUGUGGAGGAUGCGUUCUUUACUGGGAUUCUAGCAAAACAAGCGGGUGUUGCGUUGAAAGAUCAAGCCGAAAUCUUUUCUUCUCAUGGUUGUCUUGUACACUUCUAUCAUAAAAUUGGGUAUUGGCUAGUUGGUGCCGACUUGUCUAAGGACCAUAGACUCACUUGCAAUAGCGCUGGCAAAAAAAUUACCGCCGUCAUAAAUUCACACAAUUGCAAGAACAAAACGCUCAGCUAUCUAUGGAACGUAUUGAAAACCGGUGAAUGUGAUGAAUAUCUG